AUGGAAAAGGGGAAAAGGAUUCAAGUAAUGGAAGCAGCUGAAAUUCCACUACCAGAACCAAUCAUCCAUCGCAUUCAAUCUUACCUCAGCGAGAAACAAUCUGCUCAAACAAGCAUCCUCUCGAAAUCAUGGUACAGCGCCUGGCUCACGCGCCCCGACCUCGCGUUAGACGAACGCAAUUUCGCCGCAGCAGCAGCACACAGUUUCUCGGAUCACGCGGCGAAGACGAUGGAUAGGUACGAGAAAUCGAAUCUGAAGAUCGAGAAUUUCAAGCUAUGGCUGCACAUUGGGAACAGAGAUAGAAGAUCUCUCGCCAAUGAAUUGAUCCGUAGAGCGCUGAAGAUCGGCGUUUUCAAUCUCUCUCUCAAACUCCGCCUCCCGGAUUCCAUAAUCCUCACGUCGACGCUCGAGACUCGAUUCGAAAACACGGUCCGGUUGUCGGUGACAGGCGGCCGGGCGGAUUGUCCGCGGCAUAAACCCCUUAAGUUGAUCGGAGAGUUUACGGUGGAUGAUCUCGUCAAUGAGGACGUAAUUACGCUAUUCCCAUCGAUCGAGAAACUGUGGUCGUACGAAUGCGGCUGCUCGGCUGCUGUUCGGAAAGCUACUCAUGUUAGAGUUCUGGAAUCAAAGAUUCAGCGUAGGGGAUUUUCACUUUUCCAUUACUGA